UCCAUCAAUCGCGGCCAUAGCGCCCUAGGAACACAGAAGACAAGAUAUACCUGGGACGAGCAGCAGUACUCUUGCAGUUGAAAUAUUCAUCUGGCCAAAAGAAAUCAACCAUGCGUUCCCAUGUCGAAACCGGGUGUACGUUUUCGGCUCGUCGGACGUCCCCAGCCCAGUUCGUGUCCCUGGCAUCGCAUGAGAGGGGGGGCGCCGUUUCGAACUCUGCCUCAGCUGACGUGGGUUCUAUGCCCAAUACACCCUUUGGUCCUGGGUUGGAGGCCACCUUGGGUGCCCGGCUUGCCAUUGGCGCAAGCCACGCUUCAGAUAUCACCUUGAUUGUCGAUGAACGAGACGAAAAGAUUGCCGGCCCGUCCGUCUCCGCCGUCACGACCCUUCAAUCGUGGGGUGUCAAGACGAUCCAUGCCGCCAAAGUACAGCUUUCUGGCCUUGUCCAUUGCCAUUCUUUGCCAAAGAAGCGGGCUCAGAAUAUCUGGGGACUGACAAAGCCGUUGCGAACAUCUUCGGAAUUGAAGGCCCUACUUGGCUCCUCGUCCUUCCAUCUGCAAGGGUCUGCCUGCGACCUGAGCCGGAAGCUAGAAGUCUUACUCUCGCUUCGGAACGAGAGUAAUAUCAAAGCUCAGCUGUUCGUUUCUUGGGAGCCCCUGGAUACGUCUCUCAGCCAGUUACUUGCGGUCUCGCCUCAAGUCGAUGCUAUCUUUUUGGACAUCGAUCAACUGGAGUUGAUGCUGAACUCGCAGACCACUGCUUUUGACAAGCAGCUCGUCGAGCGCAAAGUUCAGGUUCUCCUGGAUGCUGGCAUUGGGCGCAAUGGUCAGGGGAUCAUGGCUGUUCAAUACGACUCGUCCUACCUCGUUGCGUCAAGGGAGGACGGGUUCAACUGGGUUCCGACUUUCCACAGUCACUUCGACGUCGACGCCUCGUUCGCAACAAAGGCGUUGUCCGUCUUCCUUGGAGGGUUCACUGUGAAGUAUCUGCGGUCGGGGGACAUAAGGGAAGCAGCUCUCCAUGGCGCCGUCGCGGAGAGCUUCGCUGUGGAGCAGCAAGGCCUCCCGCGUAGGGGCACCUCGCCCUAUGUCGCCGCUGCGGCAACAUUCGCCGCACGGCAAUAUGGGCUAUCCAGCGAGUAUGUCCCUGACGCAGAGACUUGGAACAUGGACAGCUUCAAAAACAGGGUGCGGCUCCUCAGCGUCAAGGUUGAUGCCAUGACUCGUGUCAGGCAGGCUACGCUUUCCCGACGGCUGUCUGGCGAGACCUUGAGGAACGAAGAUGACUUGCUCAUCGCCGAACAGUAAUCAUAGCUAGUGAACAUGUAUACAGUCAUUUCCAUGUUAUUUUACAGGGCGAAGGGGGGCCGAGCUGCAAUUUGUCAGGGUAUCAUAAGACUUUUAUUUUACUCAUUUUUUACUCAUUUUUUACUCAUUUUGUUUUCCAAGUCUACAGUGUUGUAGGGCACCGGAUGUCUAAUGUACUUGUUUGAUCUGAAGCGUCCUCUACUUCUACCUGCGGAUGACCUGGGCCCCGUCAGCCG